AUGAAGAUCCAGAUAGAUGAAGUUCUAGUAUACUUUCCUUAUGAUUCUGUGUAUCCAGAGCAACUAAAAUACAUGAGAGAAAUCAAACGAAGCCUCGACAACAGGGGGCAUUGCCUACUGGAGAUGCCUUCUGGAACAGGGAAAACUGUGGCUCUUCUCAGCAUGACAAUAAGCUAUCAGCUGCACAUGAAGGCUAAGAAUGAUCAUUUUAAGAUAGUUUAUUGCUCACGAACUGUUCCUGAAGUUGAAAAGGCAUUGAGAGAAUUGGACGGGGUUGUUUCAUACAUAAAAAAACACCGUCCUAUUGAGUUCCUUGGCCUGGGGCUUACAGGUAGAAAAAACCUAUGCAUUAACAAGGUAGCAUUCAAAAGUUUCAACGUAGACGUUGCAUGCAGAAGGCUUGUGAACAGGUUGGGUGAGUCUAGGUGUGACUUCUACGAAAAUCUUAAUAACUUCAACGAGGUACCUGUUGCAGUAUACGACUUUUCCCGGCUUAAAGAAAUUGGAGAGAAGAAAGGAAUUUGCCCAUACUACCUUGUACGAAGAUCUAUUCCUGUUUGCGACUGUAUAAUAUAUCCUUACAACUACUUGAUAGACCCGAGGAUUUAUUCAAUAGUUUCGAAAGAGCUGGGACCCAACAGUGUUGUGAUAUUCGAUGAGGCUCACAACAUAGAUAGUCACUGCAUAGAAGUAUUGUCAAUAGAGAUCAAACGAAACAUCCUUGAAGGUGCAACUAGAGCAAUCAAAAACCUGGAAAAUCUCCUGAGACAAAAAGGGCCCACGACCGGUGAGGAAAGCGCACAGUAUGAGAAAAUGAAGGAGAAGAUUAGGGAGCCAGUUGCAGAUUCGAUUCCUUACUUUUAUGCAACGGGGGAGGGAAGUUAUGAAUUCAUUCCUGGAAACCUUAGGAAUUCAUAUCAUUUUAUAUCUGCAUUGAAAAGAAUAACUGAAUUCUUCAAGACUAAGUUAAAAACAACACACCUAACCACCGAAUCUACUGAAUCUUUCUGCAAAAGCAUCAAGGAGCUGUCUUUUAUUGGCAAGAAGGCAUUAAGGUUCUGUUCGCAAAGGCUAGGAAUGCUAUCUCAGUCCCUAGGGCUUGAUGAUGAGGAUAUGACACAUUUAAAAACCGUAGCCGACUUCUCUACAAUGGUCUCUAUGUAUUCAAAAGGAUUUGUAGUAAUAUUCGAGCCCUUCGACUCACAAGCAUCAACUGUGUUUAAUCCAACCCUUCGUCUGGCAUGCUUGGAUUCUUCAAUAGCAAUGUCUUCUGUCUUUGCGAGGUUUAGAAACGUGAUAAUAACAAGUGGAACGAUGAGUCCUAUUGACAUGUAUCCAAAGAUCCUUAACUUUGUACCUUCAAGAACAGCAGAGAUUGGAGCAACACUUGAGAGAAACUCGAUUUCCCCUCUAAUAAUAACCAAAGGGAAUGACCAGAUGACUUUAAGGGCUCUCUCUGAGGACAUAGAAACUACGGAUAAAUGUAAUAGCGACAUGCUUACCACCUCGUUCUCCCUUAGAUCUGACCCCUCUGUUGUUCGAAACUAUGGGCAUCUUAUGAUAGAGCUUUCUAGGGUUGUUCCAGAUGGAAUUGUAUGCUUCUUUCCCUCCUACAUGUACAUGGAAGAGAUAGUAAGUCUCUGGGCAGAAACCAAUAUAAUCAACGAGAUAAACAAGAAUAAAUUGGUGUUUGUUGAAACACCGGACGGUAGAGAAACAGAGAUGGCUUUAUCGAAUUAUAGAAGGGCAUGUGAUAACGGAAGAGGAGGAAUGCUUUUCAGCGUUGCCCGAGGAAAGGUGUCUGAAGGCGUUGAUUUUGAAGAUGGAUAUGGAAGAUGUGUUGUAAUGCUGGGAGUUCCUUUUCAGUACACAGAAAGCGUUAGGCUGAGAAAAAGAUUGGACUUUCUGAGAGAAGAAUAUGGGAUAAAGGAGUAUGAUUUCUUGACAUUCGAUGCAAUGAGACACGCUGCCCAGUGUCUGGGACGGGUACUGAGAAACAAGAACGACUAUGGGCUCAUGAUACUUGCAGAUGAAAGGUUUGAGAGGAAUGAUAAGAAGGGUAAACUUCCAAAAUGGAUACAAAACUGUAUUGAUGGAGGAAAUUGCAACCUAAGUGUUGACAUGGCUCUCUCGAUUGCAAGGAGAUUCUUUAGAGAGAUGGCACAGGAAUGCAUAGGUGCUGGAAAUAGUCUUUUGAGUGAAAAAGACAUCGAGGCUUUUUCAUUUGAAUAA